AUGAGCACGGCAACCUUAAAGCCGAACAAGCCGAGGUUUCUCCCCCUCCGAGAGCUCACCCUCAAUUCACGGCCGCUGACCAAGCGUGCCAUCCAAUUCUCAUGCGAUGGCGAUUUGGCUGUCGCCGCUGAUGACUCGGUCCAUGUCUUUGUCCCCGAGUUCCCGGACCUGUCAAAGCGCCGAGAAAAGCUGAGAGCUCGCACGAAUGGCCCCCAAGGGAGCUGGGCAUCUGGUGAUGCAUCUUCCUCCGACGAGGACGACGACGGAGAGGCGGGGUCCAGGAGGCACAACCAUCAGAUUCUCCGUGGACAGUACUCCGAGGGCAGCAAGCACAUGCCGGUGUCGUUUCCGCCUCUAGACCCCCGUGUCAACAGAGAGCUGUUCCUCGCCCAAGAGAUUCCGUUUCCCUACGAGAGCGCCGUCAAUGCGGACGCCCAGAGCGUCGACAGCAAUGACGAGUCUGCCGACUCCGACGCCUACGACUCGGCGGACGAGGAGGGCGAGGGCCCCGGCCUGGGAUUCAAUCGUCCUCACGGCGCUGGGUACGGGCCCAUUACCGGCGUGGGAAGCAGCAUGAACCACGUCGUCUCCAUUGGCUGGUCUCCGUCCGGUCUGGGCGUCAACCACCGGCCCGUUUUGGCCAUCCUGACUGCCUCUGGCACACUGGGCAUGUUUGGAGAUGGCGACAAGCCCGCGAACAUCCUGCCGCGCGCCAACGAGGGCAUGCUGCAGCGUCGCGAGCUCAACUCGUGGAUCGUCCUUUGGGGCGUCGGCGAGCGCUUGAUCGUGCCCGGGCAGCAGACCGAGAUCAGCGAGUACAUCCGCGCGUUUGCAUGGUGUCACGCGAUCGCGCCGGGCCAAGCCCUGCUUGCAACCAUCAACGACGUCCAGGAGGUGGCCAUCAUCAGCGUGCAGUGUGUCUCGGUUCCGGACGAGGGUAAGCGGAAGGCGGACACGUCGCUCCGGGCAGAACCGGGGCAGAAUACGGUCUGGCUGGUGCGUGAGAUCGCACGCUUCAAGGCUGAAGGACCCCACGAGGCCGUUAAGUCUACGGACACGGAUUGGGUCCCCUGCGGCACUUCGUUCGGUCUCAGAUGGGGUCCCUGGCUGCAAGAUGGUGACGCACGCAGUUGCGCUCUCUCCUUCAUUGACCGCAAUUAUGUUGGCUUCCGCAGAGUCACGAUCAAGGAACCUUGGGUGAGAGGCGAACUCCCGAAUCUCGAAGUGGGCAGCGGAGACAUGCACGGAGUGUGCGUGCACUUGUCCGCCGAUGCAUUCGUCGAGUUUGAGAAUUGUAUCUGGACCGACGGCACUGUCAGCUCCUGUCGAGGCUUGAUCGCCACGGGGUUCGAUCUUAAACAGUUCGACGUCGUGCUCUCCGGCGGGCCUGGAUAUCAGGUGAGAGCCCACAGCGCUUGGGACUGCGGGACAAUGUAUCGCGAGGACGCCGAUCAGGGCUCCCAAAAUCCUAUAGUUGAUCUUGUCAUUCACCCUCCUGAUCCUACCACUCCAACCCCUACCCCUCUCUAUACCCUGGUCCGGAUGUCUGCCACGGCCACGACGAAGGAUUGGUACCAAACAAACGUUCCUCCUCCGAGCGAUACCACGGCGGAUCCACGGCCGCAGUGGGUGCGCACCAUGGCGCAGAAAAUCGACGUCCAGAUUCCGCUCGACAUGCAUCUGACUCGCCGCUACGGCGACGUUGACUCGGACGUUUCGGCCUCGGAGUCAGAGGGUGAAGAGGACGACGACCUGGAUAUGGACGGCGACCUCGAUUCGCUCGCAGACGAGGAGAACGCCAACGGCGACGACGGAACAUCAAGACUUGAGAUUCCCGAGAUCCACCCGCACCGCUUCCGCAUACACGGUCUGGCCCUCUCCCCAGGGGGCGGCGUCUCGGCUGUCCUCGCCAGCAGCCACAGCACGCAACAGCCGGAGCGCGGCGGCUGGCACACGGUACGGUCGACCGUGCUCUUCGGAUACAAACCGCGGCACCCGCGGCAGCCGCAGCGACAGACACGCCCCGCCGCGCAGUCCGACGACCACUUGCUCCCACUCCACCCACAGUUCGCGAGCACGGACUCGGACACAAGCAACCACUUGACGGGCUCCACCACCACCACCACCACCACCACCACCACCAUGCCCCCGCAUUACGCACAACUCACGACCGAAGCCAAGCUCUUCGAGUACCUCUACGGCGGCGGGCCCGAGGUGCCCGGCGUGCACUUCCCGGCCGCCGGCGGCGACAACGACGACGCGGCGGCGGCCGCGCUGCGCAGCCUGUUCGCGCCGGCGCUGGCCCGGCAGGCGUGCGAGCUGUGCGGCGCGCCCAUGGACGUGCGGCGCGGCGCGCUGUGCGGCUGCGCCAACGGCCACUUUUUCGGCACGUGCGCGACGUCCGGCCUGGCGGUGCAGACGCCCGGCGCGACGCGCAGCUGCGGCGCCUGCGGCCUCCGCACGAUCCGCGCCGAGGUGCUGAUGGCCAAGAUGCCGGCUGAGAGGAGGGACGAGGUGAGGAGGCUUGUGGGCGAGGGGCUGUGCGGUGCGUGCGGGGGGAAGUUUUUGAGUUGA